UGUUAUAUUCUUGGAUAUUCAUUAUGCAACUUCACUGCUGCACCGAAAAUGUCUCGUACUAGAUUCAAUUCAGAUCUAUAUUGCGAAUGUCUUUCUAUUGUAGUUGAACUUGUGCUUGUUCUUAUUAUCUACUUAACAUCGUUUGUAUUCAUUUCAGACCAAACCAAUUACAGUUUAAUUUCAGUAAAAUCAAAGAAGUCCACGCUUGUAUUCUUUUCUACAAUGCUUCUUCUCAUCGGAAGAGUCAUUAACUUUGCAGAUUUUAGCCCUUUCAGAACCCCUAGGCUUUUGAAUAUGGGCUUUAUUAUGAUUGUUUCUUCCUGUUUUAUACUCUUCAUCUCCGUACUGCUGUCGUUUGUAUUUGACGUCAAGUGCAUAUGCAGCUUCUUUGCUUUUGAAAGACUUGAUAGAUCUGAAUGCAUCGUUCUAUUUUCCACUAUGCUUCUUUCAUUUUUGACACUCUUUAUACCUUUUAAAACCUUGUUGAAAAAGAUCAGUGGAUCUUGA